AUGUCAAGGAUUAAAGGUGGCAAAUGUCAAGCGCCUACAUGCCCUUCAUUACUCAAAAAUGUUGUGGAAACCCUAUUCCCUCAACAAAACCAAAUAGAAGGAAAUUUUUAUCGCGGGGAAGUUGUUGAUGCUCCAGAAAUCACCGAGCAGGAACUUGUUCAAGCUGCUGAGCGCUUUGAAAAUAGCAAAGCACCAGGAUUAGAUGGUAUUCCGAAUAGGGCUCUUAAAAUUGCGAUCGGCUAUCAUCCGCAGCUAUUUUCAGAUUUGUACACACGUUGCCUUCGCGAAGGAGUGUUUCCAAAAAUUUGGAAAGUACAACGGCUGGUACUCCUACAGAAGCCAAACAAGCCGGCAGGAGAACCAAGCUCCUAUCGACCGCUCUGUAUGAUCGAUACSAUGGGCAAAAUCCUGGAGCGGAUAAUCUGUGCCCSUCUAGAAAAUCAUUUAGAAGGAGAUGGUGGACUCGCUGAUACCCAAUAUGGCUUUCGUAGAAAGCGUUCAACUCUUGAUGCGAUCAAGAAAGUCACUGGUAUAGCAGAAAAGGCUAUUGAAGGAGCAGGAGUACUCAAAAUGGAGGCUCAGACUAUAUUAGAUAUGACAGUGACAAUGUUAAAGGAAAGGUUAAAAGAAGCAGGGCUACCAACAAAUGGACGCAAGAAGGAAUUACGAGACAGACUUCURACACACUACGGUCUUCUAAACGAUGACGAUGAAAGCGAGGGUGAGGUCGAAUCAGUGGAGCCGUUUUGUGAGAAUGUGUUGGGUAAAGGUCCGGUGCCACCCACAGUUCCUCAUUUUUCAUUUAGAGAAAUUGAAGAAAKUUUGGCGUCAUUUAACGGUACAGAUGGGCAGGAAGUAAAUCAGGAUCUUCAAUAUCCGGCAUUAAUAGGACGUUCAAUUUUGGGUCAAGUCGAUUUAAUUGUUAGCGAGGAGAGCGAUAGGUUUCUAAGGAAGGAUAAAACAGAUACUUGUCAGGCGAACAACACAGAGUAUAAUGGUAAAAAUUCAGAAGAGGAGCCGAAAUCAACGUAUGAUUUGUCACAUCUCGAUAAGGAAAAAAUUUUAGAAGUGGAAAAGCUGAUUGCUCAAUAUGAGCCAAAAAGAAUCAAAUUUUCCCCGGUGGAAAUGAAAAUUGUUUUAAAGGACGAUGUACCGGUGUAUCAGCCACCUAGGCGUGUAUCAUCUCAAGAUUAA